UAUCACCGCAACGCCACGGCUCUUUCACCCGAACAACGAUGACAUCUCACUAUACUAUCCCCGGCACCGACAUCUACGGCCCCGGCACCUUCAUCGACAAAGAGGUUCUGCCUGUUCCGGUUGACGCCCGACGCGUGUUCGAGUUUCUGGCCUCAAGCACACCCGGUUUCACCCAGGACCGCGCCGCAUGGGAUACGGUCAGCUUCACGGGGGGCUCGGAGCCCAUGAUCCCCGGACCGAUCAAGGCCCCCGUGGUUGCUGCCGCCCUGCACGCGAUGUGCGGUCUGGUCGCCAACGAACUGCUCGAGCUGCGCGACGGAACAGCCGUGCACGAGAGCACGGUGGCGGUGGACACGGACCAUGCCGGUUUGUGGCUCGGCUCGACAUUUACGACCCACAUCAACGGCGAGGGUGUUUCCACGCUGGCUCGGUCCAACGCGCUGGCUUCACUCUUCGAUCGGGAUUUCGAGCAAGGAUUUGGAAAGGGGCUGGCGGGCCGGGCGACGGCGAUCUACCAGACCAAGGAUCCCAACGUGUGGUACCAGCUCCAUGGCUCCCUCGAUGCUACCCGCACCCUGCAAUCCAUGGGGAUCCCCACGGACGUCAAGUUUGAUACCAUGCGGGAGUACUACGAUUACAUCCAGAGCUACGUCAUCCAAUGGAGUCCGGACGAGCUCGAGAUGCACAACGUCCGCCAUGGCCUGUGUGGCAGCAUCUGUUACUCGCCGGAGGGGUGGCGCAGAACAACAAUGGGCCAACGACUGGCGGCCCAUCCGCUGGUCAACUACACCUGUGCAACCUACGCUGCGCCGACUCCACCCGUGCCCUUACCCAAGAGCCCGGCAGAUCGACGGCCUUUGGCAGGAGUCAAGGUCCUGGAGAUGGUGCGCAUCAUCGCCGGCCCCACGAUCGGCGUGACACUAGCGUCCUACGGGGCCGAUGUCAUUAGGGUUAAUUGCAGCAAACUGGCGGAUCUCAACGUCCUCCAGCUGACCCUAAAUGCCGGAAAACGCACGAUCGACCUCGACAUCUUCAAGGCAGAGGACAUGACUCGCCUGCUGGACCUCCUCGCGGAGGCGGAUAUCUUCGUGCAGGGAUUCCGCCCCGGCUCGCUCGCGCGGCAGGGCCUGGAUCUAAACAGGAUGCUGGAGCGCGCUGCCACGCGCAAUAAGGGCAUUAUCUACGUCGACGAGAACUGCUACGGGCCCGAUGGCGCCUUCGCCGAGCGGCCGGGCUGGCAGCAGAUCGGCGAUGCCGCGUCGGGUACCGUCCUGCCCCCGCUCCCCGUCUCGGACAUGACGACGGGCCUCGUCGGCGCCCUGGCGGCCAUGAUGGCGGUGCGCGACCGAACAACCCAAGGCGGGUCGUAUCACGUCGUCAGCUCGCUGGUCGCUGCCGACGCAGUCACGCUGGAGCCCGAGAUCGGCCUGUAUCCGCCCGCGGUGGUGGCGCGCACCGCCCAGCGGUUCGGCUUCGUUCCCGCCACUCCGGAUCAGUUCGUGUCGGAGAUCAUGAUUCAGGUGCUCGACGGGUGGAAGCAGGAGUUCGAUAGGAGUGUGUAUGGCGAGGAGGAGUCCCGGUUUAUGACGGUCUUCGAGGACGGGCCGUGGGGCAGGCAGGCGCUUUUGAAGCCGGUCGCGAGGCUCGGGGACGUGAAGGCGUCGCCUCGGUGGUCGAGUCCCUCAGUGCCCAAUUGUUACCAUUUGCGGGACAUUCGGUGGUUUUAGGGGGCUAAAGGGUGGU